UGUCAUGUGUCACAGAAAAAUGGAAAUGGAGUAAUCGGAAUUUUCAAAGCCGUGUGUGCCGUGUUAAAUUUCAAUUUUGUCAAUGUUUAGUGUUGCCCCGUCUGGGGUAUCAAUAAAUCCAGAAUGGGGAAGUUGCUAUCGAAAAUUUUCGGCAAUAAAGAGAUGAGGAUAUUGAUGCUGGGCCUGGAUGCAGCUGGUAAAACAACAAUUUUAUAUAAAUUGAAGUUGGGCCAGUCCGUGACAACUAUACCGACUGUGGGAUUCAACGUUGAGACAGUAACAUACAAAAAUGUCAAAUUUAAUGUGUGGGAUGUGGGUGGACAGGACAAAAUUCGUCCACUUUGGAGACACUACUACACAGGAACACAAGGAUUAAUUUUUGUGGUCGACUGUGCCGAUCGCGAUCGAAUAGAUGAAGCACGACAAGAAUUGCAUAGAAUAAUAAAUGAUAGAGAGAUGAGGGAUGCAAUUAUAUUAAUAUUUGCCAAUAAGCAGGACCUUCCAGAUGCUAUGAAACCACAUGAAAUUCAGGAAAAAUUGGGCCUGACACGCAUCAGAGAUAGAAAUUGGUAUGUACAGCCGUCCUGUGCUACAUCUGGCGAUGGACUCUAUGAGGGGUUAACGUGGUUGACAUCAAAUCACAAAUUAUGAGAGUAAGCCAUUAAUCCAUCCCUCACAGAAUCCAUCGUCAAAUCCACCCCCGCCCCCCUCUAAGGAGUUAAAAUUAAUAGAGAAUAACAAAAGAAAAAGAAUAAAGAAUAGGGAAGGAAGGAUGUGCAGAAGGAGCGAAUUAUACAUUAAAAAAAAAUUAAACCGCCACCAAUGACGGUUAUAAAAUAAUCUUUAAUCUGAUGUAUGUGUAUGUUGGAUGAGGGAAAGUUGCGAGGAGAAUGACAUAUUAAAGUUUCUCAUUAACAAGAGACAAAAAAAAGAACAGCCAGAGAUUUCGAGUUUGAGAAGAAUACCAACCUUAUUUAAAGAGACGAAAACGAGAGGGUUUAGAAGAAGAAUUUACAAGAAAAAAAGGGAAAUUAUGUAUAGUUUCUUUUGUCAUACAAAAUAUAAUUCUUUCAUUUCUGAUGGAAACAUCGCGCGGCUUAACAAUGUUUUUUUUUCUUCUCUCUUAAUCUCAUUUUAUUUAAAAAAUAAAAAAGGGAAAAGUGAAUUCACAAAAUUCUAACAUCUUCGUCACAUAUACUUCUAUGUGUGACCUAAAAAUUGGUGUUUUGGAAUUAAUUUUAUUAAUAAAAAUAUGUGGGAGGAAGGGAAAAACUGAAACAAUAAUUUUUCUUGAAUAAAAAAAAUGAGAGAAUUCUUAAAUAUAAAUCCCAACGAAAAGAAUAAAAAAAUAAAAUUGUAUAGCAAUUUUCUGUGGGGAAAGAUAGAGGGGAAAAUUGAGAGGGAAAGAAAUGGGGAAAACCUUUUACUGCAACAAGGGGCUUAUAAGUACGGAAAAAUACAGCCUAGAUUGUGUAUGGGAGGGGGAGGUGAGCAUGAGAAAAAAAAGGGUAGUUCAAAGGCACCAAAAGUCAUUUUGAAAAUGAAUUUACAAUAAAUGAAAAGCUUAAAAUUUUUUUCUUUUGAUAUAACAAAUUACACGAAACGCAGAAAAUACACAAAUAAACAUCUUUGACGAUGAAAACAUUUUAGAGAGUAUUCUAUUCGUAAUAAAAUAAUAAAAGAAAAAACAACUUAUUAAAUAAAAUGCAGAGAUGUUUUAAAUAAAUAAAAUAAAGAAAAAAAAUCAAUAGUAGUGAAUGCAUAGCGCACUAAUUCGAAAUUUUAAAAUAAAUAUCUAUAUAUAUUAAUUUGUAGAUUUUUUUUGAGACAAGAAAAAAUCGAAAAUAGAGAAUUUGCAAAAAAAGAAAAAAAAAAUGUCGCAAAUGUGUAUAAAAAAUAUAUAUUUUUUAAUCAAAAUUCAAAACAUAUAAAUUUUCAUUUUUAUAACUCUUUUUGGGGGGUUAAAAUAUUUUUUGUAUGUGUGGGUGGAUCUAUCAAUGGUGCUGAUGGAUAUAAAGGAUAUUUUCUCCCCCAAAAAGAAGUUAUAGAUAUGCGAAGAAAAAAUAUGAUGAUAGAACAAUGAGAACAAUUUAUGGUAUUUUCGAUACAUUCACGGGAUGAAUAAAAAAAAUGAGAGAGAAAGAGAGAGAGAUGUUUAUGCGAGAAAAUGUGUUGUAAUUUGCCUUGCCUAAUAAGUAAAAAAAGAGAGAAAAAAUGAGAUGAAAAACACAACAUAUGAUUAGAAGAAAAAACUAAUAUGGAAUGAGGAAAAGUUUUAUUGUAUAUUAGAGAGAAAAAAAAGAACAAUCUAGAUAUUAAUUGGUGAUAUAAACGAGUUAAAUAUCAUGUCCUAAAAUUUAAAAAGAAAAGAUUCUUUUUUUUUACAAAGACAAAGAGUCUGGUAGUUUACUUUUUACACUUUUAGCGUAUUUUAUGCUGAACGAUCUUGUGUGGGAAAAAUUGCUCCUUGAUCUUAUUUGUCUUUGAAACUUUGUUACUUUGAACAUAUUUUGCCUAAUAUUUAUAAUGAAAAUCUGUGUAUUGGAAUGAAUUUAUUAAUAAAAAAAUAUCAAUUCAAUCGUAUUAUAGAGCAUCAGUUCAUUAAACAUAUUUCACAAUAAUAAUAUAAAUUUUUUCCCAAACCAUUUCGUUCAGUGUAAAAUAAAAUAAUAUACUUUUUCUGCACUAUUUAUGUUGCAAAUAAAAAACUUGAGAGACGAUAAUUAUAUUGAAGAAGAAAAAAUAUUAAAAGAAAAAAUAGAGAACGUAAUAAUCUUUAUCAGUGAGUCAAUUUUAUCUUACCUAAAAUAAUGUAGGAAGAGAAGAAGAAGAAGAAAAACGAAUGGAAAUUGUGGUGGAAAUGCAAAUAGAAUAUCGAAUUUGGUGAAAGAAAAAAAAAGUAAUUGAGGAUGCUAAACUUGUUGAAAUAUUCAGAAAACUUUUAUUUUUUAGUUCUAAAUGAAAAUAAACCCUCAUUGCCCCCUAAAUUGAUUCUCAUCUCAAUUUUCUCAUAAAACUUUCCACAUUUUUUGUGUUUAAUUAAAAAAAAAAUAAGAGAAAUGGAAAAUCUUUAUAUUUUGCCUCAUAGUAUGACUUGUAUAUAAUUUAUAUAAAUAUGACUUAUUUUUAUUUUUUAAUUAUUAUACCUUCGUUGUCUUUGUUUCGUUAGUCCUGGCAGAAUAAAGUAAAAUAAAAUUCGGUUUGAAAAUUUAUUUUGGAGACAGAAAUAUAGAAAUUGAAAAAGAACCAGAAAUUUAUAAAAAAAAAAAACUAAUCAAAUGAUGGAAAAAUAGAAAUUUUGCAAAAAUAAUGCUUUAUUUUCUCCGAGAUGCUUUAUAUAGAAAAUAAACAAUAUAGCGGUUAAGAGAGAAUAAAAAUGUAUCUUACAGAAAACAAAGGAAAAUCCCUCGUAAUUUUUUCCUUAUUUAAACAAGAACUUGUGGCCAAAAGACAAACACAUGAGAUUCUUCAUUUUCUCAAUUGGAUUUUAUCAUUCUCAAUUUGUAUUAUUUUUUGUAUUUUUUUUUGAUUGAUUAAUUGAUUGAUUGGGAAAUCUGCAAUACACACAUUCCAGAUGGAAAAAAGAGGAAAUUUGAAGAAAAAAAAAGCCUAUCUUUCAAAUAAAAGGAGCAAAAUGGAUCAAGUUUGAUAAAAUAAAAAUCUUUUUGUCAAAAGUAAAAGAAAUAACUCUAAAUUUAUUUUUAAAAAUUAAUGAACUGAAGAAGAUUAAAAAAUUAAAUGGAAAUGUCAAAGAAAAAUUAGUUUGCUUAACAGGAAGACUUUCAACAGCGCUCAAUAUGAUGCAUUUUAGAUAAAUAAAUUUUAUUUCUACAAUAUAAAGAAAAACAAAUGAACUUGAUCCAAAUUAAGAAGAAUAAGAAAUGAAGAGGAUAUUAAAAAAAACAAUAACUUAAAUAAAUAAAUAACAGGCGCAUCCUCUGAAGAAAAAAAAUUGAAAAAAAAUUCAAAAGAGGAAACUAAAUGUAAGAGCAAAUUCAUUAUAUAAUUUUAUUUAAAAA